CAUUAAGAAUCAUUCCCCAAAAAAUGUAUACAAGUACGUGGACGUUCAGUCUAAAGUCGGAGCUAGUUAGGUUGUAUUGAGUAAAUGAUAGCGUUCUAAUGUCUCCAUUAUCAUAAUACUGUUAAUGACGAUGAAUAUUUAUUACCGACUAAAUGUUUAUUACAAGAUAACUAGUACACUAAGAUCAUUCUGGGGUUUCCCGGACUGAAUAUAAAUAAUACAUACAACCACACAGAAACAAGUCGAAGAAAUUGUCGCUUUGAAAGAUGAAUUGUCGAAAGUACCUAAUAUUUUAGAGAAUGGUUGUUACCGAACGCAGAAAUAAAAGUCACUAUUCCCCAAACUGCGUUUGGUGGCAAGAUUUUAUUAAAGAACUGCCCCGAGUAGGAACGUUUAGAUCAUUUCCAACAACAUGUGAAGCAAGACCAGUCUCGCUAGCUGAAAAUGGUUUUGUCUACAUUGGGCAGGGUGAUGACGACACUGUCGUCUGCGUCUUCUGCUGGACAGAAUUCCGAAAGUGGACAAAGGAAGAUGACAUUAGCACUACACACAGCAGCGCCUGCCCUACCUGUCCGUUGUUCACUGGUAUCAAGUGUGAAAAUAAGCCCAUACACGGUGGUACUCGGGAAAAAUUGCUUCAGAGUGGAAAGCAAUUUUUUGACAGACACAUUGAAAGUAUCGAUUCUUCACGGGGUGGUAAAACAGAUGUAGAGCUACUAAAAGAAAGCUCACAACAAGGUUUGCAUCUUAAUGUAUCUCCAUCGAUAUCUGGAGAUUGUUUACAGUAUUUCGACAGCAUGAAAAGCGGUGAAUCAAUGUUAGGGGCGGUAACUAAAACAGACAGACCAGAUAAAACAAAGGGAGAAGAACCAAGCAAAGCUGAGGAACCUAGGCAGCUCUGUAUUACAUCUCAGAAUGAUAUCCCAGAAAAAAUAGAAAAUAAAUUAAUAAAAGGUUGUGCAGCUUUAAAACCUCAUCAUAAACUAAAUUAUGGACCCGCUGCCAACGAAAGGUGUGCGUUAAAUCACAAAUCUCAUCCUGAAAUUAAAGGCAACAUUGAUUGGAUGGAAAGAGAAUUUAGGAUUGAAUUACGAAAGAUUUUAAAUGGUUGUUGCUCUGAUAGAUCAUGGGAAAAUAAGUUUGAUAAAAAAUUAAAAUAUUCGGAAAACGACGCUGGUAAUGAAAUAGCAUUGUCGGCUGAGUUUUCAAAGAACGGUAGUUUCCCUAAGGUAAUGACACAAAUAGAAGUUCACUAUCUGCUUGAAUUUGUUCCCCCUAAAGUGGUAGAAGGAAUAUUGUGGGAAUGUCUAUACAUAGAACAGUUUAGACUAGUUACGUUCUGCAAAUACCCCAUAACCGGCGCACAGUCGGCAUUGGUACUUGCGGCUAACGGUUUCGUGUAUAUCGGCACAGAGGACGACGAUGCCGUUCUCUGUUGUUUUUGUUGUAGGGGUAAGAAAAACUGGUUGAGGAAUGAAGACGUCAGCAACACGCAUACAGCUUUGUCGCCAAACUGUUCCAUGGUGACUGGAAUAAAUUGUAAAAAUGCCCCGAUCGUUUCUCGCGUGAAUGGAAAUUAUAGUUUUGACCAGCUGGUUGAAAUACUUCAAAAUAAACCCGGCACUACAAGCACAAACAGCGAGCUGCCUACUGCGAAUGGUGCAUGUCUAGAAAAUUUCACUGAAACGCCAGGCCGAAAUCAAAUUAAGACUAGUACGACCAACAGCUAUGUAAAUCUACAAGAAACGCCAGCUGUUUCCGACAGAGUACUUUCUCUUACGGCGUCAUCACCAGUUGUGAACUGUCCGCAAAAUGACUUAGCACAGUCUCCAUUCCAACAACCUCAGACAAUGCUGGCAUCCAAUUGUAGAAAUGCUGAAGGAGGCGACCCACGGCCAAUACCAAAUGAAACCCCAGACGCCGCGGACGUUGAACGUGGCGACACAACGGUAACGCUCCCGAGACAUUCUCAUCAGCUGCAUCACCACAUGAGGGCGCCACUUCCUGAUAACAACCGACAUCACGUUCGUCUAAGACUCUUGAGCUCCGAUAUCACCAUAUCAGAACGUUCUGAGGGUGGAGAGCUGGCAGUGGCACCGGAAGUCGAACCAGAAACAGACCACGCCCAUGUCGCAAGUGACCAGGAAACGGGCUUCAGCGGAGUGUUGACUGUUCGGAUAUGGGAUACACCUAAUUCAACAAUAACACCGACAGAAGGUUAAGUUUUUUAAAAUGUUUACGUUAUUUCUGAAAAUAUAAACCUCGUAUUUUAAUGUUAAUAAUACCAAAAAAAUAAGGACGGAGUGGCCUAGCGGUAGAGAGCUGGACUGCUAACCCGUAAAUCUCGAGUUCGAAGUUCAAGUCAGUAGACCGUCCCUGAGUCCACCCAACUCUGAUGGGUACUUAACUCACAUUAGGGAAAGUAAAGGCGGCUGGACAUAGUGCCGACCACACUAUCUCUUCAUAUGCCGAGGUCACAGAAACAAAGGAACUCUACUUCACUUGCCCUAUAUAGACCGUCAGGUUUGAAAGGGAACUUUUUUAUAAUACCAAAAAUUGAAUUAGAAACAUACACUACAUUGAUUUCUUUUUUCAAUACACCUAAGACGAUUGGUUUCAUGUGGUGGGGUUUCAGGGCACUCUGAUGUGGAUGGUCACUCUACAAAUUCUGCAAUGGCGUCUGCAGGAGAACUGAUGACAGAACACGAUGGUGUCCCAACUCGGCAGCAAGUAUUGACCAAUCAGGCGGCACGUCACUCGAGCAUCAGAAACCCAGCGAUCAUCGGAAGGAUGUCAGCACAUAGUGCAACACCACCUGAAGUUAGUUUACGAAGCUUACAACCAGUGAUAGCUAUAAUUGAACUGCUACCAGAACUAGAACAUCGAGUGCUGGAAUAUGCUCAACUAAUGUUAAGUAGAGGUGAACAACUGACAACAAAGAAACUUCUUAAAGGUCUCAGUAAGCUACAUUGACUUCAUCCAAGGAAAAUAUUACAGUUUUCACACAGCCAAAGAAGAUUUCAAUGAAAAAUGGUUUACUGAACUCGAGGAAAAUGAAAACUAUA